UGGCAGCUUCUGCAGCAGUCGGUGCGUCUCGAGCUCGUGUUUGAAGCGCAGUUGUGGCUGGACUUGGAAGUGCUCUUUGUUCUGACGGAAGGCAAUGGAGGACGUAUUCACACCUUUGGACUGCUUGUUGCCUUCAGGCAAACAGAAGAUCUGCUUGCUGAUCCUGAACCAGCCGUUGGAUGAAGACUUGUUCUACGUGCUCUGGAGGAAAGCCGCAAUAAGGGCAUGCGCGGACGGAGGAGCCAAUCGUUUGUACCAGCUGACUGCCGGUAACCAGGAAAGCUUUGUGCCAGACUACAUCAGUGGGGAUUUUGAUUCCAUUAAGCCUGAAGUCAAAGCUUUCUAUGAGGAAAAGAAGUGCAGAAUUAUUCAGACGGCGGAUCAGGAUCUCACAGACUUCACCAAGUGCCUCGCCAUACUCUUGGAGGAGAUCAAAAGGUACCAUCUGCAGGUGGACACGGUGGUGACCCUUGGCGGCUUGGCUGGGCGCCUGGACCAGACCAUGGCCUCAGUGGAGACUCUCUUCCAUGCCCAGAAGAUGACAGAGCUGCCGGUGCUCAUUUUGCAGGGUUCCUCCCUGGCCUGUCUGCUCAAAGGGGGGGUCUGGCACCAGCUAAGGGUGGACACAGGACUGGAAGGGGAGUGGUGCAGCCUGAUCCCUAUAGGGGGGCCCUGUCUCACUGUCACCACGGGGCUUAAGUGGAACCUUGGAACCUGAUGGGUAGAAAUGUGGCCCCCUGCCAGAAUAACUGGACGCCAUGGAAACGAGU